AUGACGGCCGCCCUCCACCACCGCCCCCGCUCCCGCCCGCCUUUGGAAGACGAGGAUCUGCUCUCCGAGAUCCUCCUCCGCCUCCCGCCGCAGCCGUCCUCCCUCCCCCGCGCCUCCGCCGUCUGGAAGCGCUGGCGCCGCCUCGUCUCCGAUCCAGCCUUCUCCCGCCGCUACCGCCGACACCACCGCCGCAGGCCUCCCCUCCUCGGUUUCUUCCGCGACCGCUAUCCAUCCAUCACAUACACGCCUGCCAUGGAGGCCCCCGACCGUGUCCCCGCCGGGCGCUUCUCCUUGCAUCUCACUGGCAGCUACAGUGUCCUCAGCUGCCGCCAUGGCCUCGUGCUCAUCUUCGAAACGACGUGGGACUAUGUCCUGGUGUGGGACCCCGUCACCGGCGAUCAGCACCGUGUUGCUGCUCCCGCAGGGAUCGACAUGGACACAACCCCCAUGGACGGGCAGGUGCUUCGUGCUGCUGCCGACGCCCAGCACUUCCAGGUGGUAUUGGUUAACUCCGAAAAGAAAUAUGCACGAGUGGUCGUCGCCAUUUACUCGUCGGAGACCGGUGCAUGGAGUAAUCUCAUCCAAACUCCGGUUCCGCUUGAGGCCAUGGAAUAUGAAGCCAUGCCCCCUGUGCUGGUCGAGGAUUCUCUUUACAUCUUGCUCCCUGGGGAUACUACAAGUGUAAUUCUCCAGGUUGAUUUGGGUACCCAGAGCCUAGCUGUGUUAGGUGUGCCAAUGGAUACCUUUGCCAAAGAUCAAUACUUGAUGCUUAUCCGAGCAGAGGGUGGCGGGCUGGGCGUUCUCUCCCUGACAGGAUUCAUCGCCAAGUUAUGGAAGAGGAAUAACGACUCUGAUGGUGUCGCUUCAUGGGUGCUGGGACGAACUUUUGAACUGGACAAGCUACUUCCCUUGAGUUCAGAGAAGAUGAGGCGCAUGCCCCUCGUAGCUUAUGCUGAGGAAAAUAAUGUGGCUUUCUGGCGGACACUUGGCAGUAUCUUCAUGGUCCAGCUUGACUCAUUGCAGUUCAGUAAACUCCCUGACAACAAAAACGAUUUCAUCUGUUAUCCAUUUGAAAGUGUCUAUGCUGCAGAAAUAAGCAUUGGUUGUGGACAUGCUGGAGCUGAUCAAGAUAUGCUAGUGUGAUAUACUGGUAUAGCAGGAAAGCUUGUCUUCUGAAUGUAUUUUGAGGUAUCUACAGUUACAAUCUGGUGGCUGAGAUGUAGAAAGGGCUUGUUUGCUGCGAUCCGCGAGGAAAAUCCAUCCUCUAUGUAGGAUACACUAGUCAUAUCUGAAAUUAAUCGCUUAUUUUGAUCAGACCUCUCUGUUAUCUAAUUUCUCUAGUCAAUUGUUCAACUGGCAUGAAGAUAUAAUGGGCUUGCUACGCUUAAUUAGUACCUUUCA